UCUCUUCCCACCCCCCCUCUCCUCUCUUUAGCCAGGGUUGAAGGAGGUAGUGGAGUCAUGCCGAGGGAAGAAUCUCUUCUUCUCUACAGAUAUAGAUUCUGCCAUCAGAGAUGCUGACCUCGUCUUCAUAUCAGUGAACACCCCUACAAAGACCUAUGGGAUGGGGAAGGGGCGUGCAGCCGACCUAAAGUACAUUGAGGCCUGUGCUCGCCGCAUCGUAGAGGUUUCCAACGGUUACAAGAUCGUCACGGAGAAGAGCACGGUUCCUGUCCGAGCGGCUGAGAGCAUCAGACGGAUAUUUGACUCCAACACCAAACCCAACCUCAACCUGCAGGUGCUGUCCAACCCAGAGUUCCUGGCUGAGGGUACGGCGGUGCGUGACCUGAAGGAGCCAGACCGCGUCCUGAUUGGUGGAGACGAGACAGCGGAGGGUCAGAGGGCGAUCAGGGCUCUGUGUGACGUCUACGAACGCUGGGUCCCCAAGGCCCGCAUCAUCACCACCAACACCUGGUCCUCAGAACUCUCCAAACUGGCUGCCAAUGCGUUCCUAGCCCAGCGUAUCAGCAGUAUCAACAGUAUCAGUGCUCUGUGUGAGUCAACGGGGGCUGACGUAGAGGAGGUGGCUCUAGCCAUCGGCAUGGACCAGAGGAUAGGCAGCAAGUUCCUGAAGGCCAGCGUGGGGUUUGGUGGUAGUUGUUUCCAGAAGGAUGUAUUAAACCUGGUUUAUCUGUGUGAAGCUCUCAACCUCCCUGAGGUCGCUUCCUACUGGCAACAGGUGAUUGAUAUGAACGAGUACCAACGGAGGAGGUUUGCGUGUCGUAUCAUUGACUGUCUGUUUAACACAGUGACAGGGAAGAAGAUCGCCCUGCUGGGAUUCUCCUUUAAGAAAGACACUGGAGAUACCAGGGAGUCUUCUAGUAUAUAUAUAUCUAAGUACCUGAUGGACGAGGGAGCCAAGCUCCACAUCUACGACCCUAAAGUCCUGAAGGAACAGAUCAUUCUGGACCUCUCUCAACCACACAUCUCUGAAGACCCUCACAGAGUGUCUGAGCUGGUCACAGUGUCAGUGGAUCCCUACCAGGCCUGUCAGGGGGCUCACGCUCUGGUCGUCUGCACCGAGUGGGACAUGUUCAAGGAGCUGGACUAUGAGAUGAUCUAUGACCACAUGUUGAAACCAGCGUUUCUGUUUGACGGCCGUCGCCUGUUGGACCAGCUCCACCCCCGCCUGCAGAACAUUGGCUUCCAGAUCGAAACCAUUGGUAAGAAGGUGACGACAUCUCGUAUCCCCUACACACCCACGGCCGGAGUCCCUCGUAUCAGCAUCAACCCUGAACCCCCGACCAAGAAGACCAAAGUCUGACACCCACCCCUCAGCAUCAACCCUGAACCCCCGACCAAGAAGACCAACGUCUGACACCCACCCCUCAGCAUCAACCCUGAACCCC